GCUUUUAUCUUCUUCACUUCUCUUCCCUUUCAUUAAUUUCUAAUACAUGUUGCUGAGCUUAUAAAUGCUGUGUUGGUUUUGUUCCUUUUCUCGCAGAAGCUCCUCCUGUGUUUUUUGGUUGGAGAGGGAUGGAAGGUUUUGGAGUUGGUUUUUUUGUUAGAGCUUUGGAAAAGCUUGCUUUUGGUGGAUUCACCUGCUUUUUUGCAUUGGUGGGCGCUUGUAUAGGAACGAUUACAGGUGCGCUUACAGGCCAUAAAACGGAAACCGGAUUUGUAAGUGGCGCUGGGAUUGGCGCUAUCUCUGGCGCUGUCGUGUCUGUGGACAUUUUUGAAUCGUUGAUAGCAGGGGACACCUUAUCAAAGAUUGCCAUCUUUGGUAGCCUACUAAAUGGGAAGAUAUUCAGGGAAUGGGUGAGUCCCGCAAUGCUCAAGGCAUAUCAAUGGCAGACUAGUACGCUCGAGUCCAAUGAUAGAGAAACAUCUGAUAUUUUCGAUGUGAGUGUCACCAGAGGUGUAUCGCUGGAAUUCAUCAAGAAGCUACCCGAAUUCAGCAUUACUUGCAGCAUAAGCAUGGAGUUAUGUGGAGAGAUCUGUUGUGCAGUUUGUCUACAGGAUUUCAUAAAGGGGGAGAAUGCGAGGACAUUGCUCAUUUGCAGACACUUAUUCCAUGUGCAAUGCAUAGAUAGGUGGCUACUCAGACAUGGAUCUUGCCCUAUUUGUAGACGAGAUGUUUAAUGCCCAAUGUGGCUCUCUCUCUCUCUCUCUCUCUCUCUCUCUCUCUCUCUCUUGUUUCUACUACCUCUAUUCCUGAAAAGGAAAAAUAAAAAAUAAAAAAAUCAUGGUUAUCUAAUCAAAGGCAUAGACAAGCUGCAAUUGGGAAAUAUCCUAAUUGAUAACAUGUAGUAUUUAUA